AUGUCGAUGGAACAAGCAAUUUUUGAAGAAGCAUCAUACGGCACAUCAUAUGAUGAUAGUGAUCAGUAUAAUUCUUGCGACGUUAAUGUUCCAUCGCUUAGUAAAGAUGACACACAACAUGUGGACAAGGGGAAAGAAUCUGGAAACAUUAUUCAAGUAGAGGACAAUGCAACGGCAGUGAAUCAUGAGUUACCCGAUCACACUGGAAUUCCAUUAGAUGAAAUCCCGUACGUAGGAUUGAGAUUUGUUUCCUUGCAGCGGGCACAAGAGUUUUACUUUAAUUAUGCAAAGAAAGUUGGCUUCGUGACCAGGAUUAGGAAUACCAACUUUGACAAGACCAGGAAGGAUUCAAAGAUACCCAUUAACCAAUCGUUACACUGUAGUCAUGAAGGUUAUCGGGAGUCUCAAGUGAAGGCAGCAACUCAGGUAAAGAGAAUAACAACAACCAGAUGCAAAGCAAGGAUAUACGUCAUGCUUGACAGGCAGAAGAAUAAUUGGAUGGUCUCCAAACUAGAACUGAAGCACACCCACCCAUGUUCUGCCAAGCAUGCUGUGCACUACACUGAGUACAGAGAACUGACCAUGCAUGCCAAGUGUGUGAUUCAGAAUAACGAUGAGGCUGGCAUACGGCCCAACAAGACUUAUCUCGCACUGGCGAACGAGUUUAGUGGCUCGUCGAAUUUGGGUUACUCAGAAAAGGAUGUCAGGAACUUCAUUACGAGCAAGCUGCUUGAUGUAGACGAAGCUAACCAGUUUAAAAGUGCACUCUGGGUAGAUGCAAGAUGGAGGGAUUCCUAUGAAUAUUAUGUUGAUAUGGUAUCAUUUGAUACAAACGUACAGAAGAAACAACUUGCUUUUGGUAAUUUUAGUUGGAUUUAUUACAGGCACGGACUUCCAUUUGCAUCUUUUGUUGGUGUUAACCAUCACGGUAAGUCCACUCUGCUCGGACAUGCUUUGAUGGGAAAUGAGAAAAUUUGUAGUUUCGAGUGGGUCUUUAAGCAAUGGUUGAGGUGCAUGGGAUCUCCCCCACAGGCCAUCAUCACGGACCAGUGCAAAUCCAUAUUUGGUGCUAUCAAGAAUGUCCUUCCAGAUACUCGCAACCGAUGA